AGUGGAGGUGGGGGACCAGUUCAGUGCGCAUCUCUCUCCUCCUCUGCCCUCCUCUGUCUGCAGCAUCUGCAUCUCAGCCCUGCCCAUCACCCCGCACGCAUGCUCGCAAAGUUGGAAGAGGGGUGUCUCUCCCCCAGUAACCACCCCACCCCAAGCACGGGAGUCCCGGGGGGCGCAGGAGGCUGAGUUGCUCGGAUUCGCCCGCUGAGAUCCCCUUGACCCUGCCCCGUAACUGACCCCUGGGGAAAAGGAGGGGGAAAGAAAAAAGCCCCCCAACCCCCCACCCCCGUCACACUAUCGCGCAUGCUCAGAGCUGGACAGCUCCAGAGAGGGAAAUUUAAAAACGGUUCGAGCUGCGACGGCGGCCAAAUUGUGGACAGCAAGGGGCGAGCACAAGGGAGUCCCCCCCUGCCGCAACACCGCCCCCAGCACCGCCCCCAGCGCACCCAGGACCCGCUCCAGGAGAUGAUACAAAGUGACAUCCUGCCCAAAAUGUCAGGAAUGAUAAGAAGUUCCGGGCUCAGUCACCAUCGCUCUCCACAGGAAUACAGGCUCCUGCCAACCAUGGGUGACGAUGACCUCCCUGGAGACCUUCAGUCGCUGUCGUGGCUCACAGCCGUGGACGUGCCUAGGCUGCAGCAGAUGGCAAGCGGACGGAUAGACCUGGGCAACCCCAGUGUGCCACAGCCGCACCCAGGUGCUCUGGCCAGAGCAGCAGACCUACAUGUGGGUGCAGCCUCACGUCCCCUGCUCCGAGGCCAGGCUGCCAUGGCCCCCAGAGGCAUGCUGGGUUUGGGCCCCAUAGGCAGCCACAGAGCUAGCGCUGAGCAGAUGAACCAGUUCCCCAUAGGAGGACAGUCAGCACCACCAUCGGGCCUACCGGAAGUGCCACAGCUGUAUUCACCUGCCACCCAACUCCAGUUCCCUCUGCCCCCAGGGCCCCAGCAGUGCCCUCCUGCAGGUCUCUAUGGCUCUCCAUUCGCAGCGCGGCCUUCCUACCCACAGGCCCACAUGGCAGCGCACUCAUCACAGGAGCCGCACCCCAAACACUAUCCCAAACCCAUCUACUCCUACAGCUGUCUGAUCGCCAUGGCCUUGAAGAACAGCAAGACUGGCAGCCUGCCUGUGAGUGAGAUCUACAGCUUCAUGAAGGAGCACUUCCCCUACUUCAAGACAGCGCCUGACGGCUGGAAGAAUUCGGUCAGGCACAACCUGUCACUGAACAAAUGCUUCGAGAAGGUGGAAACCAAGUCCAGUGGCUCCUCACGCAAGGGUUGCCUGUGGGCCCUGAACCUGGCACGCAUCGACAAGAUGGAGGAGGAGAUGCACAAGUGGAAGAGGAAGGACCUUGCGGCUAUCCACCGCAGCAUGGCCAACCCGGAGGAAUUGGACAAGCUCAUCUCAGACCGGCCAGAAAGCUGCCGGCGUCCUGGCAAGCCAGGAGAACCUGAGGCCCCUAUGCUGACUCACGCCACCACGGUGGCCAUGGCCCGCAGCUGCCUGGGCAUCUCCCAACUCCCACCAAAGCCACUGAUGACCCUGUCCCUGCAAUCAGUUCCCCUGCACCACCAGGUCCAACCCCAGGCACACCUGGCCCCAGACUCCCCGGCACCAGCCCAGACCCCACCUCUUCAUGCCCUGGCCAAUCUCAGCCCAGGGCCUCUCCCCCAGCCAUCCAUGGGCAGGCCUCCUGGGGACUUCCUCAACAUCAGCACCGACAUGAACACGGAGGUGGAUGCCCUGGACCCCAGCAUCAUGGAUUUUGCUCUACAGGGUAACCUCUGGGAAGAGGUGAAGGAGGACAGCUUUAGCCUGGAGACGCUGGGGGCCUUCGGAGACUCCCCACUUGGCUGUGACCUGGGAGCCCCAAGCCUGACCCCCGUGUCUGGCAGCGGUGACCAGUCCUUCCCUGAUGUGCAGGUGACAGGUCUCUAUGCUGCAUACUCCACCCCAGACAGCAUGGCCCCAGCAGUGGCCACCUCUGUUCAGUACCUGGGUACUCCAGGAAAUAAGCCCAUAGCUCUACUUUGAGCCACCAGCCUGGAGAAAGGCACUGUGGCUCCAACAGCGUCCCCAGCUGCUGGUUGAAAAGUGACAAUGCUUAGUUCCUCCUGCUCCCCCCACGCCACCACAGGACACUUCUGGGGCACCCAAAUCAGAAGUAUGGGAGAGUGGCAAGCACCCGACCUCCCCUUCUCCUGCAGGGCCUGAGACACAGGCACGGCCAUGUUGAGGUCUGGUUAUUUUUAGCCUGGUGUUGGCCGGCCCUGGAUGGUCCGCGACCCACCUUGGGACACAGUGGCCUGUCACAGAGACACAGGAGGGGAAGCUCCGAGCAUACACAUUCUCCCAGGAGAGGACCCUCGCCUAUGCCUCAGAGUGUGACCCAAAGCUGGAGAAAGGCCUGGCCAGCCUUGGACCUGCCUUGGAGGCGAGACAGUUGACCUCUGCACUGGCUCCUGCCCUUUUCUCCUGGAGUUUCCAGAGCGUGCUGACCACUGGGACCUUGUGUAAAUUUAUUUAUAUUUAUUGUGACCCCAGCUGAGGUCCCUGGAAUGAAACUCUGGGCAGAGUCCCCACCACUCAGAGACCCUAACUCCCUAGUGACCCGAGUCGCAUCUCCAGGUUGCUGGGGCAGCGGCCCCUCCCCCACAGCCCUGCAAUUCAGAGAAUGAGCGAGCUCUUUUGCUACUGGGAAGCACCUGGCCAUUUUCCUACCAGGCCAGAUCUUUUCCUCAGCCUUUAGCCAUGGCUCGCAUCCACUCCUGGGGACACCCAGAAGGGGAGGUUCCCUAGCCUUGAGUUUGGAGAGGAUUUCUCUAGGGCCUGUGGGGUUGAGGAGGAAAAGGCAGAGACCUGUCUGUGCCAGGUUUGGAACAUUUGCGACAGGACCAUGUGAGCCCCGGAGUGCCGUCACCCUGUGCAGCGUACAUCGUGGAGUAUCAUUGGAGCCGGCUGCCUCGUCUCCCCUGUGUCUGUUCUUGCAUUGCUCUCUUGCUCCAUGGCUGCUUUUUCCAGUAAGGGCUCUGCAGGCAGGAGAGUGGGGGUGGGGGCCACCUGUCCUUUUCCACCUUGAUGUCUGACCCCACAUCUGGGGGUUCAUACCCUAGAGCCCAAUGCUCAGAAGAAUCAGCUGGUGGGCCGGCUGUCUGGAAGGGCGUUGUGAGACCUUGUGUUCAAGGCCAUCCCCUACCUAGAACCUGGUGGAUCUCUCUCUCUCUCUCUCUCUCUCUCUCCCCCCCCCCAGAUGGUGCAGGCUAGCCCAGCUGGCCAGGCUUGCUCAGCUGCUGUGUGUGCCAGGCCCUCAAUAGGUCGUGUUGUUUAAGUGUUAAAACCCUGUUUCCGGGCAGUGCCCAGACUCUGUAAGUGUAGUACUGAGUAACUGUCAAUAAAGGCUAACAGCAGC